UCCUGGAGGCUUUGCGGGGCGUCUGGCGUGGCCGGGGGUGCCCCGCGCCUGGAAGGAGGACGGCCUCGAGCUGCCCGGCGGUCUCUUUGGCGCCGGCGGGUUCCAGGAGCUGCGUUUCUGGGCGUCUGCUAGGACCUGCUAGAGCUACUCUGUGCCCUGCUGACUUGGCCUGUGCCCAUUUCCCAGACUGGAUCAGUGAGUCCUUUGCUCACCAGACUGACCUGACAGUCGGCUCUCUCGUUACCCCGUGGCACUUCGUGGGGGCAAAGUGGCAGUGGCUGCUGCCAGUGCUGUUAUUAUUUUUUUCAAUGGCUGCAGAUGUAUCCCAGUGGGUGUGGUGCCAAGGAAGCCAGGUUGGUCUGGCUUAUUUGGCGGGUCUGUCUCCCUGUGCCUGCCGUUAAGAGUUUUUUUUAGGAUGGGUGCUUUCUCCUUGCCUGCUGCCUGGCUGCUCUCUCUAACCUGCUGUGGCGUGGACAGGACCCCGUCCUUGACAUGACCACCAGUUUGGCCCCAGUUGCCCAUCAUAGCAUGGAUAAGUUGUACAUUGCGGUGGAGUUGGGCAUCGCGGUGCUGUCCAUCACUGGCAACAUCUUGGUCUGCUGGGCGGUGGCCAUCAACAGCACCUUGAAGAACGCCACCAACUACUUCCUGGUCUCUCUGGCUGUGGCUGACAUCGCUGUGGGGCUUCUGGCCAUUCCCUUUGCCAUCACCAUCAGCGUCGGCUUCCACACCAACUUUUACUGCUGCCUCUUCUUGGCCUGUUUUGUCCUGGUGCUCACCCAAAGCUCCAUCUUUAGCCUGUUGGCUGUGGCUGUCGACCGGUACUUGGCGAUCAAAAUCCCUCUGAGGUAUAAGAGCCUGGUGACCGGGAAGCGAGCUCGGGCCCUCAUCAGCAUUCUCUGGCUCCUCUCCUUCAGCAUUGGCCUUACACCACUGAUGGGCUGGAACGAGAGAGAAACGGCCACCAAGAACUGCACAGCCUCCGGCAAUGAGACCAAGAGGGGCGGCUGGGAUGGCUGCCUGGUCGAGUGCCAAUUUGAGAGCGUGGUCACCAUGAGCUACAUGGUCUACUUCAACUUCUUUGGCUGUGUCCUCCUGCCUCUCCUGAUUAUGAUGGGCAUCUACGUCAAGAUCUUCACGGUGGCUUGCAAGCAGCUGCGUCAGAUGGAGCUCACAGGCAAAUCCCGGACUACCCUCCAGAAGGAGGUCAACGCCGCCAAGUCACUGGCCAUCAUUGUGGGCCUCUUUGCCUUGUGCUGGCUCCCUCUCCACGUCCUCAACUGUCUCACCUUCUUCCACAUGGCUAAAAACCCCAAGUGGGCCAUGAACUUGGCCAUCGUUCUCUCGCAUGCCAACUCGGUCAUCAACCCCAUCAUCUAUGCCUACAGGAUCCGGGACUUCCGGUACACGUUCCACAGGAUCCUUUCCCGAUACAUCUUCUGUAAGGCCGAGGACUUCCCCAAGUACCCUAAUGGUGCCGGAGGCAGCCGCCACCUGGCCGUCAGCAACAUCAGUGCCUCCCCCGUGUGCCUCUGAGGCCUGCUUCAGCUCCUCUGGCAAGCCUUUACAACUGGCCCAAGUUUUGUACUGUAAUUUUUCAGAUAGGUUUUAAUUUUUUAAAAACUUUUGUGCCUCUUGGAAGAAUCCUACAGUUAACUUACAUGCUGUCUGAGCCCCUAAUGGAUCAAACUUGGGGGGGGGAGGACAAGAUGUGUGUUUCUUCCUCAAUAAAGGGAAAUUUGAAUUCCUGCAUCCAUGACAGUGACAGGUUUUCCGACUAUGCUGCUGGGGUAAGGGGUUAAGUUCUUUGAAAAACUGCUCAAAAAUAAUUUCCAGAGGAGGAAGUAAGGGAAGAUGAGGAACAGUGCGGUUUGUGAACACCCACAUGGUAGCUGCUCCCCCACCUGCCAAACAUAAAGGCCUGUUCCCUUCUCCUUGCCUUUGGUUUUCUUUGUAAAUUUGUCAUCAGUUGUUUGAUGCUACUGGUAUUCUCAAAUGGGAAACAGUCUAAUAUAGGCCAGUUACAGUAUAACUCAAAUGUUUUAUUUUUUAAAAUGAUGGAAAAAGAAAAAAAAGUGUGUGCGUGCGGGGGGGCGGGGUGGACUAUGGGGAGUUUAAUUGGUUCAGAGGAGAGCCCUGUUGGAAGUAAUAUUUUUUAAUAAAAGGAAUUGUGUGGUAAUUCAUUUAUGUGGGCUUUGUUUUCUUUCUCAUGGAAGCAUCAGCCCUGAGCUUGAAGACUGGCUGCACAGCUGAAUUCUGCUCUUUUGCAGAAAUCGUCCUUUUUUUGCUAAAAGGCAAGAGCA